AUGCACCCGGAAUGGAAGGAGUGUGCGGAAUGCCUCUCACCAGAGGGCCGCUGGAGCACCCACGUGUCCACCGACAAGCCGAUCUACCGCCAGGGUGACACCUUCCACAUCCGCGCAGUCGUGCUGCACCCCAUCACGGGGGAGCCGGUGUCAGACGAGAAUCCGCAGAACCGCGCCUACGACAUGAACGGCACCAUACAGGUCAUAUCGCCAAAGGAAAGCGUGGAGGCGACUAUGUACAUUGACGGCCCCAUGGAAAGCGUGAUGUAUAAUAAAUGGAGUGUCCCCGAAGGUCUGUCGGGGGGUGAAUACACUCUUCGAUACACGCCGCGCGGCUACAGCGGUAUGGGUCGGAACAGCCCCCCAGCAGAGCGCAGAUUUCAGAUCCGCGCUUUCCGGAGCCCCAAGCUGAACGUGAGGGUGGAAUUUCUGGGAAGGGGGUACGGCCCCGGGGAUGAGGUCAGGGCGAAGGUCUCAGUAACCCGCGCCGAAGGCGGCGCGCCCCCGGCCGCGACUCCCGUGACGCUCUCCGCGCGCGUCGACGGUGCCCCGGUUCACACUUCCCCGGCGGCCCUCGACGAUUCGGGGGUAUGCUACGUCACCUUUUCGCUCCCCCCCGAAAUGAAAGAGGGCCUGGGCGCGCUGAACGCGCUCGUAUCCGACGGGGGAACCGUCGAGAGCGGCAGCAAAACGAUCCCGAUCGUGCUGCAGACUGUGAACUUGGAGUUCUUCCCCGAAGGCGGGGUGCUGGUUCCAGGUCUCGAGAACCGGGUCUACUUCGAAGCGCGCGACCCAACAGAGGAGCCCGUCGACAUCGCUGGAGAGGUGUGGGCGGUCGGUGGGAAUGCGCCCCUUGCCACCUUUGCCGCAGUCCACGAAGGCUGUGGAAAUUUCGUAUUCACACCGAUCGCCGGUCAGGCGUACGAGGCCCGCAUUACCAAACCGGGCAACAUCAAGAAACCGGUGCCGUUGCCAGCGGUAGAGGAAGCGAUCGCGGACGGGCUGCCACGUGUCGUUCUGCGAGUGGACGGUUUAGCCGAUGCGGAGAUGGCCGAGGUGGAGAAACCUCCAAACCCCGAGGAGUUUGCGGUCGACGUCACCGUCGCGAGCGCGGCCGCGGCGCUCUUUCGGGUCGUUCUGUACAAGCGCGAGGUCGCCCUCGACAGCAAGGACGCGGUGAUCCUCUCCCCGGGGGGGUCCAAGAAGCUGUCGCUGCACCCCCCAGGACCGGAAUACGCGGGCGUCCUGCGGGUGACCGUCUUCGCAGAGGACGGCGACGAUUGGACGCCCGUCGCGGAGCGGCUCCUUUACCGCGUGCCAGAGAAAAAUCUCCACGUGGCAGUCUCUGGUGGCUCCAGCGCGAGCGGCGGGGGGGACUGCGUCCCUGGGGAAAAGGCCCGGGUGGAGGUGGCGGUAACGGAUGCGGCAACGGGGGAGCCGGUUACCGGGGCCGUGGUGGGGUUAAGCGUGGUGGACAACAGUAACCUGGAGCAGGUGGAGCCGCGCAGGCGGCCGCCGCGCCUGCCCGCGAUGGCGCUGCUCGAGGACGAGGUGGCGCACCUGGAUGACUCCGGCGCGUACAUCGACGGCUCGGAUCUUCCCGGCGGCUCAGACCCGUCCCUGGCCGUCGAUCUUCUGCUGGGCACCCAAGGCUGGCGCCGCUUCCUGUACCGUGACCCCCUGGAAAAGCUGCUCGAAAACGGUAUCGAAGACCAAGGCCAAAAGGCGAAGGCGCAGCGCGCGGCCGGCGUGCGCGUCAACAAGGAUCCGUACGGUCACUCGUACUACCAGGGGAUGGCCCCGGGCGCAGCUUUUGGCGCGAGCGCGGGCGCGGUCGGAGGAGCAACGGAGGACGAGGAAGAUGAAGACAUGGGGUUCAGCUUGUACGAUGCUGAUGAGUCAGCACGGCCGGCCGGUCUUUUGGGCGCCGUCUUGGGCCGUCGCACGCCGACUCCAGCAGCAGGCUCGACCGGUCCCUCGCCCGGUGACGCUCCCCCGGUCACAUCCCCCGAUGAGCAGAACUUGCCGGAGUGGGCGGGGAAUGUCCCCGAGCAAUCUGAGGAAGGGGCUCAGGCAGCAAAGGAUGAGGGCGACCUGGAGUUUCCAUUUGCUGAUCUGGACGCUGACGUGGAUCUCGAUGAGGAGGACGAAGCUGACGUGGAAGCGGAGCGCGCGAAGAAGCAACAGCGGAUUCGCGCUUCCGUCAGAGUCUUUGCUCACGAGCGACAAUCCACAAAGAAGCUGCACCAAGCAUACCUGAGGAGCAUCCGCCGGUCUGACUUCACGGAGACGGUCUACUUCGCCGCAUCCCUAGUUACCGACGCGCGCGGCCGCGCGGCCGCGGAGUUCGACCUGAGCGACUCCAUUACGUCCUUCGCCGUCAUCGCCGACGCCCACAAAGCCGUCGAAUUCCAAACCGAGGGCGAAACCAUUACCACCACCGUUACCAGGAACGGCACGACCGUUAAGGCGACCGCGAAGGGAUCCUCCCGGACCGUCCGCACGUCGGCGCUCGGCGCGUCGAACGGGGUCUUCAAGAUCCGGUCGGUGAAGCCGUGGAUGCCAAGUGCCCCCUGGAGCUCACGACGACCGACCGGGUGCUCCUACCGGUCACUCUGA